GGAGAAUAGGGGUCGUGUGGAGGGGAUUGCAUUUCAUUGCCUGAAUAAUGCUGAUACGAAAGGUCUUGCAGUGUGGUUUGUCGGCUCUGAGGGACAGUCGGUGCAUUCACGUCAGUGCGCCAUGGAGAAGUCCUCUCAUACCCAUUGUAGUGGAGCAGACGGGGAGAGGAGAACGUGCCUAUGACAUUUACUCUAGGCUACUGAGGGAGAGGAUCAUCUGUGUAAUGGGACCAAUUGAUGACUCUGUUGCCAGUUUGGUCAUUGCACAGCUGCUUUUCCUACAGUCAGAGAGUAACAACAAACCCAUUCACAUGUACAUAAAUAGCCCAGGCGGCGUUGUGACUGCUGGUCUGGCCAUAUAUGACACUAUGCAGUACAUCCUGAAUCCCAUUUCCACCUGGUGUGUGGGCCAGGCUGCCAGCAUGGGCAGCUUACUGCUGGCUGCGGGCACAGCGGGCAUGAGGCACUCACUCCCCAAUGCUCGCAUCAUGGUGCACCAGCCCUCUGGAGGUGCCAGGGGUCAGGCAACUGACAUUGCCAUCCAGGCUGAAGAGAUCCUAAAACUGAAGAGGCAGAUUAACAACAUCUAUGCCAAACACACAGGCCAAGCUCUGGAGACUAUUGAGAGUGUGAUGGAACGGGACCGUUACAUGAGCCCCAUGGAGGCACAGGAUUUCGGUAUCAUCGACCGGGUCCUGGUCCACCCUCCGCAGGCCGGUCAGGACGAGCCCGAGCUGGUGCAGAAGGAGCCAGCCACUCCGGCAAGUUCCUCCACGACCUCAGAGUCGGCCUCCGAACAGGGACAGCCUGGUACCAGUCCACCCUCUUCCUACAAACCAGAACCAUGAAAAACCAGCACUGGGAUCUAAAACCCACCAAACUACUUGUUACAGACCUCUUACAGAACCAGUACCAGUGAGGCAGGUCCCAGGGGCCUCCCUCUUCACCUCACCCUGAGCCCUGUGUAUGUGAGAUGUGUGUUGCAGUUGGCAUUGGGUGCCCUGUGUGUGUGUGAUGUGUGUGUCAGUCGGCGUCAGGUGCAUCAGACAGAACGUGCUGCUGACCUGCAUCUGGCCCUCAGACAGUUUCUACAUUUAUAUAUAGUUAACAAUAAGUCAGCAGCUAAGAUCACAACUAUAAUGAAGUCUGAGGGUAGAUUUAUCCUGUCAUGUUUGUAAACCAUAGAAAUUAGUUUUAACAUUGUUAAUCUGGAACAAAAUGUAUAAUUGAUUGAGAAAAAGACGAGCAUAAAGCUUGUGUAAAGUGACACUGAGCGCAGAUAAUGUUAGUCUGUGAUUGAUGCUGUUGGCUCAGUCAUUGGUUUUGACAGCAGAGAACAGCUCUGUCUUGGUAUUGCACAUGUGACCUCUCCGUUUCAGUGAUCCCCAAGCAAUGCAUUCUCAUUUUCUGAAUAUUAAUAUGAAAUAAAUCAUUAUCCACUUGUA